GGAUAAAUUGGGCAAUCGGUGCGUAAAACUCAUUUUACGCUGGAUAAAGCAAAAACAGUUACGAACAAGCUACGUUCGAUAUGAACGAACUUCUUUUCUGUGCAAUUUCCCUUUUACUGCUCGGAUCAAAGACGAGGGGACAGGAGCUGCCAGCGGUAGAUCGAAUUGUCGAUGGAGCACCUAUCAAUAUUACGGAAGUUCCAUAUAUGUUAUCAUACAGAGCAAAUAAUGAACACGCAUGCGGUGCUGGUAUCCUCAAUAGAGAGUGGGGAGUAACUGCUGCUCACUGUGUCGUUCCAUUUAUCGACAAUCCCGAAUUUUCGAUAACCGUCCGUAGUGGAUCUAGCAAAUUCGAUACUGGUGGUGUUAUUCACAAUGUAACGACACUUUCUUAUCACGAAAAUUACGACGCAGGAAACAACGAUUACGAUAUUGCAGUAUUCAAGGUACAUCCACCGUUUGAAUUUAACAACGCGACACAACCUGUCAAGCUUCCUGAGGACAGUGAAACCGUUGACACAAAUUGGGGUUUAAUCGCCGGUUGGGGCUACUUCAUCGAUUUCGAUCCUGUAUUAUCGGAGACUCUGCAAUACGUUAUAGUGCCGAAAAUGAAGAGAGAGAAAUGCUUGGCGGACUACAAAGGCAAAUAUGAAGUAACAGAGCGGCAGGUUUGUUACGGAUUUUCAGAAGGAGGAAAAGAUUCGUGCAAGGGAGAUUCUGGUGGUCCAUUGGUUAACAAGGGUAUCAUGAUCGGUAUAACCUCGUGGGGCCCCGAUUGCGGUGGAUCACACGAACCUGGCGUUUACACCGACGUUAUCGGGCUAGUAGAAUGGAUUAAAAAUAAAACUAUGUGAUCAUUAUAAAUUGCAGAAUAAU